AUGUCCCCGAGGGCCACCCGCCACCUCCUGCUGCUGGCCGCGCUGGCGGCGGCGCUGGCAGUGUCGCCGGUGUCGCCGAUCCACGUGUACACGCAGCGCGAGGUCUAUGGCACCGUGGGCUCGCGGGUGACGCUGUCCUGCAGCUUCUGGUCCAGCGAGUGGAUCUCGGAGGACAUUUCCAUCACCUGGCACUUCCAGGCCGAGGGCACCCGCGACAGCAUCUCCAUCUUCCACUUCGCCAAGGGCCAGCCCUACAUCGACGACGUGGGGAGCUUCAAGGAGCGCAUGGAGUGGGCGGGGAACCCGCGGCGCAGGGACGGCUCCAUCGUCAUCCACAGCCUGGAGCCCGGCGACAACGGCACCUUCACCUGCGACGUCAACCCGCCCGACCUCGUGGGCAAAUCCUCGCAGGUCACGCUCUACGUGCUGGAGAGAGUGCCCACCCGCUACGGCGUCGUGCUGGGCUCCGUCAUCGGCGGUGUCCUGCUGCUGGUGGCCUUGCUGGUGGCCCUGGGCUACUCCGCCCGCUACUGCUGGCAGCGGCGCCAGGCCGGGCUGCAGCGGCGCCUCAGCGCCAUGGAGAAGGGGAAGCUGCAGCGCUCGGCCAAGGAGGGCUCCAAGCGCGGCCGGCAGGCCCCGGUGCUCUACGCCAUGCUGGACCACGGCCGCGGCUCCAAGAAAGCCAAGGGCGGAGCGGGCGAGCCCCGCAAGGAGAAGAAAUAGCGGUUAGAGGGCGGGGAGGGACCCCCGGGGGCGGGCGAGGGGGAGCCCCGGCCCCCCAAAAUCAUCAUGACCAUCGAGAUGGAGCUGCGGGGGGAGCCCCGGGCCGCGCCCGCCGCCCGCUCCCCGAGCCGGGGCAGCCUCAAGAGCGCCCUGCUCAGCAUCGUCAAACCCAACUCGGGGGGCUCCUGAUUUACCCCAAACCCCCCCCAAAACGCGGCUCGGGACCCGGCGAGGAGCGGGGUGUGGUCCUCGCCUCGGGUCCCCCGGCCUCGGGGACAGCGCUGGGGACAACCCCGGGUGUCCCCCCUCCCACCCCGCGCCCUCCUCGGUCGCUCCCCGCCCAGCCCCGGAGGGGAUUUCUCCUUCCCGACUCCAACCCGGCGGAUUUGGGGUCGGUCCCCCCCCCGCCGCCUCUCCCGGGGAUUGCGGGGUCCCCGUCACCGCCGCGCGUCCCCUCCCCGAGCUCGGGGGGGGUUUUUUUGGUUCGUUUUUGUUGGGUUGUUUUUCUCCGCCCCCUCCCAAAUUUUGCUCCUUUUCUCGCCGUUUUCUCGUCUCUCCCCGCGACCGAGCCCGAAUGACGUCGCAGGGUGACCCCCGCCCCGUCCCCUUUGUCCCCUCUUGUCCCCUCCAUUAACCCCCGCGCCCCUUAAACGCCCGGGACCCCCCCCCAAAAAAAACCGGCCGGAGCCCCGAGGAGGGGGCGAGGCUGCGGCCGGGCUGGGGGAGCCGCCCGUGUCCCCCCGCCCCGGAGGCGUUUUUCUACGCCCUGUCCCUGUCCCUGUCCCCUCCGUGUCAUUAAUAAACUGCCAGCUCCGGGA